AUGGAGGAAAUCGACGAGGACAUUCUUGUUGAUAUUCUCUCGAGGUUACCGGCACGGCCCUUGGGCCAAUUAAAGUCGACAAAUAAAAGGUGGUACAGAUUGAUUUCUGAUCCAUACUUUGUCAAAUUGCACUUGGAGCGCUCAAAGAAAGACACCACGGGUGCUCGUCAGAAAGUCCUUAAAGUCAGCAAUCGUUUCUGUUGGAAGCAGCAGGGGAUUGAUACUGAAUUUGUUGGUUUCAAGCUAUUCGAGAGCGGCGGCCAGGAGAUGGCCAUUCCUUACCAUCGGGACCCAAUUACUUGGCCAUUCCAGCCACUAAAAAGUGUAAAAAUUGGAGGUUCGUGCGAUGGACUGAUAUGUCUAGUUAUUCAUUCUGGUCAUCGUCCCACCAUCCGUCUGUGGAACCCAACUACUAGUGAGUACAGGGAGUUGCCGAAUGUCUGCCAUCGCCGUGAACCUAACCCUGUGCAUGAGUAUUGGCACUCCUCCAUAUUUGGCCUCGGAUAUGAUUCUGGGGCAGAUGACUACAAGGAGGUUAUGAUGCCAGAAGUCGACACGGAGUUCCCUGGAUUAGGGAUUCUUGAUGGGUGUUUGUGUAUAUAUACCGCUCGGUUUGAUUUGCCUUGGAACGGCCAUUUCGAGGCAUGGACGAUGAAAGAAUACGGUGCAAAGAAAUCAUGGGCUAAAAUGAUCAGCAUUUCGAUGAUUGAGCCACCAUGUGUCAAUAUUGUGCAAUUCUUGUCUCUAAGGAAUGGCAAGGUCCACCUAGCAGGAUGUACCGCGGAUAGAACAUUAACAGUUUUGUAUGAUAAAGACAAGGGUGUCGGUCCUCUCUUGCUCAACAAUGACUAUCACUUCUCCGACAACAACAAUUGGUCUUAUUUCUUGUCUACCGUUUGCGAGGAAAGUCUUGUCUCGCCUUACCGCGGGGCAGGGGUGACGGAGCGAGCAGGAGGAAAUGAAGGAAGAUGA